AGAAAUGUCAAAUGUCAGUUUCAAAGCUGUCAAAAAACUGAAACGCGAUUGUCACAUGGUGGUCGCUUGUUUUUAUAAAAACACAAACUCAAAAUGAAAAGCCCAGAGAAAACUAAAGUUAAGAAAGACAAAAUAAAGAAGAAAGAAAAGGUUAAACCUAAAAAGGAACAUGUUUUAGUUGUAGCUCAAGAGAUUAAGUUCGCACGUUUAUUGUCGGGUAACGAAAAGAAAACCCGCGACAGAGUGCUCAAAUCUCUUAAAAAAUGGCUUUUGAACUGUUUCGAGAAAGGAUACGAAUUCAAAGAAGAUGACUUUGUAAGAGUAUGGAAGGGCUUGUUUUAUGCAGUUUGGAUGUCAGAUAAGCCUCUUGUACAGGAGGAGCUAUGUGAGAACAUAUCGGCCAUUCUGGACGUCUUCCCCGAGGAACACCUCCGUCAUGCGCUCCUCAUGUACAAGGCAGGGCUCCGAGUGCUGGCCACCGAGUGGUAUGGCCUCGACCAACACCGCACUGACAAGUUUCUCAUGUUGGUCCGUCGCUACCUGCGCGCGAGUCUGCGCUGUCUACUGCGCAGCAAGUGGAGUUUGAAGAGUUGUCAGAUGUACGCCAAAAUCCUGUCUGAGAGUGACGGUAUUUUCGCGCUGAAGACGCCGCACUACGCGCGCAAUGCGAUGUCCAUGUUGCUGCACAUCGUUGACUGCUAUUUAGAGGAAAUUGCCAAGGUAUCCUCCGGCGACAUCCCCGAAGCGAGCCUGGCAGAGCUCCUGCGGCCACUCUGCGCGUACAUGUGUGGCGGGGCGUCGCCGCUGCUGUGCGCGGCCGCGCGGAGGCUGCUCACUGCGCUGCUCAGGCAGAGCCCUAAGGGCUUGGAGUAUCAGCAUGCCACUGCGGCUUGGCAGAAGAUGGGGUGUCCGGAAGGUGGUCCCGAGGCUCUGGAGCUGGUGACCGACUCAGAAGAUGAUGAUGAUGAGGAACAGAAUGAUGAUGAGAAUACUGAUACUGAAGAUGAAAGUACAUCAAAACCCCUAGACCCCCGCGCGGGUCGAGUAGACGUGGAGCUGGCAACACUGCCCGUCCCGGCGUCGCAGCUGGCAACACUGCUGCGAGAGCUGUUGGCUACUGCCUCCUCUACCACGCACAGGAGAGUUAGGAUAUGUUUGCAACGUUUCGAGCAGCUAGCUCGCGACGAGUAUCCCCUCCGCGUGCAGACUGACGACGCAGAGGAGUCUGCUCCCCCCCUCAAGCACAAGAAAUCCGCGCAGUCACUGCAACAGCUCGAGAAGAAGUUGUUAGCUGCCAGCGAUGAACUCGCGUUACGAGGUCUGUCUCGCAAGCACCGCAAGCGUCUGCUGGCCAAGACUCGCGCCGGCAGCAGCAUCGUGGAGGAAGUCGACGCUGUCAAGCAGAAACUGUCUACUGAAGCCACUAGCAACGGCUGGCAAGUAGAAACAGCGGAACCGGAAGCCAAGAAACCCAAACAAGCAAACAAGAAACGCAACAACGACAAUAAAGUCGCAGUCGCAGUCAAAAAACGCAAAGUCGACGCCAAAGCGAACGGAGACGCGACCGACAAGAGUAUUACAGUUGAAGAUAUUCCUAAAGAUAAUAAAAUUGUAGCCAAUAAGUUAGAUAAUGCUAAAGUUAAGAAAAAUAUAGAAAACGGUGACAAAAAUAAAGCUAAAAGUAGUAAAAAACCUAAAGAUAACGUACCAAAAGUUAUCGAAAAUGGUGCUCAGAAUAAUAAAGUGAAAACUAAAAUUAUACCUGUAGACAAUAAGACUACUAACGGUCAAGUAGAUAAAAACAAUAAGAAAGUACAGAAAAAUGUUGAAAAACCAACACAGAACGGCAAAAACAAAAAACAAGAAAAUACAAAUUCUACAAAAAUCGAUAAUUCUCCAAAAAACAAAAGCUCAACACUAGUAGUUAAUAGCAAAGUGAAACAAUUUCAAAAACAGACGAAAAAAACUGAAAAUAUGAAAUCCAAUCAUUAUGAUACGCCGAAAAAGGUGAAAUUUGCGUUAAAGAAUAACUCGAUGCAGCAGCCAGUGGACUAUUAUAAGAGUGUUCGGCAAAGUCCGAGUAUACCGUUUGACAGUUCCAAACAACCGAGCAAGACGAAUCUAAAGCCAUCGACCCCAUCACCUAUUAAUCCUUUCUUUAAGAAGAAAUUACGACUCAAAAAUUGAUGAAAAAUACUAGUUUAAUUUAAUGUAAAAGUUACUGUUUUGACGCGGUUUUGCUCGCGGUCUGAAGGAGUAUAAGUUAUUUUAUCGAUAACAAUAAAACAUACUUAAAUUAUCGAUUCUAACACGGAUAAUGGAGGGUUUAACUGACAGAAACAGGGGUACCGAAUUUUUUGUGCAGUUGACAACUGUCAGUUUUUAAGGGAAAAUACUGUUUGUUUGUUCUUGUCAACAAAAUUAAAAAAUGUUCAGAGUAUACUUCGCACUAACGACUGUAUUUUAAAAUUAUGUUUAAAAAUCUUGAAAUAAAUAGAUACAGAUUACAGCAUAAAUUGAACCAGUGACUUCGAAAGACAUAAAACUCAAAUUAUAAUCCAGUUAGGCAAAACAUAGUUCAUAUAGGAUCAUUUAGAAAAGCUAGUUUAGAGGUAAACUGUGUUUUAAGAAAUGUUAUCAAUGAUUUCAUAUUAAAUGAUCAUUUUCGGCAAUUGUUACCAAUAAAAUUGUGUUAUGGGGGAUUUUUCACCAUUUUAUGUAAACAUGAAUGUUUUGUUAAUAAGAAAAAUCAUAUAUUACAAGCUUAGUGUAAAUUAGUUGUUAUUUCAUAAAGCAAGUACAGUAACUCUUAUUACAAAGUGAUAAGGUUAAAAUUAGCACAUAUUUGUUUAAUGCUGUUAACGUUGUAUAAAACUCAGUGAAUUUGUUUGUUUGUAAGUCCGCUCUAUCAGUGAGAAAAUAAUAAUAAUGUAUUGUACUUUUUCAAUAAAUUCAAUAUGAAGUUUA